AUGAUCACGACGAGUCCCAUGUUGCUGGGACGGCGACUGCUACAAAUGACAACGCAGGAUUUAAUAACGCAGGACGAUGAGAUGUUAGUUACACUGAAAGCGCAUGACCGCUUUUUCUGUGAUACAAUGGAAAACAUUCCCGCGGCGUUUUACUUUCCCACAGACGCCGAGGUCAAUUGGAAAAAGACUGCACCCAAGAAGUACCAUAAGAACGUGCAGGCUCAAAAGCAAUUGGAAUCGUCCAAAAAGAACCUUUUAAAGCGUGCAAAAUUCUCCCCAGACGCACAGCAAAGCAAUGAGGAGCGACAGAAGAUCAUUGCGGCGGCUGAAGAGCUGGAAAAGAAGCAGCAGGCGCAGGUCAAGCCAUUUAAGCCCAGUGCAGCGAAGGAGGAGGGCGGUCUUGACGGACUUCGUGCUCGUCUGGCAGUUAAAAUACAAGCGAUGCGCGAGCAGCGUAAGGCAGAGGAGAAGACGGGCAAGAAACGUCCUUCUCGCGCUGAGGCUGUGGCUGAACAGCGUGCUUUGAAGAAACGCAAGACGACCGCUAAUAAGAGCAAGGUCAAGGCGGAGAAGCGUGAGCAGGAGGCUGCUGCUAAGGCUGAAGGUGAGGCCUUUGCAAAGAAGAAGGCGGAAACGACGGUGGACACGGCGUCCAUUUCAUACGGUAGUUUGCUGCUUGAUGAUGGAACGGAAAAGGACGACAAACCCAAGACUCGUCAUGGGCAAAGUGUGCGCGGUAUUCAGAAUCUUUUGAAGAAGGCUGAGCGAAAUGCUCAACGCCUCGAGGAGCUGAAGAAGACGGAGGGGGGAGCUGAGAAGGCAAAAGUUAAGGGCUGGGAUACAGCGCUUCAACAAGCUGCAGGCAAUGUCGUGAUGGAUGACCCAAAGUUGUUGCGUGCGAAGCUUAAAAAGAAGGAGAAGGCGAAAGCGAAGAGUUCGAAGGAGUGGAAGGAACGUACGUCAAAGCUCGAGGUUUUAAAAAAGGAACGACAGAAGAAGAAAGUGGCCAAUGCUUUUGAACGCGGCAAAAAGGAUGCGGCUAAGCCUGCAGAAAAGAAAGGCCGCAGAGGACCGCGUGCUGGUUUUGAAGGCAAGAAGGGCGAAGUGUUUCUGAAUGCCGACAAGAAAGGGGGCAAGCCUGUCAUCAAGAAAUAA